UCGUUUAUAGGAUCUCAAUCGUUUUCUUUUGGUCCUUUGUUAUCAUUCAAAUUCUAUUAAAUGUUUGCUUUAGACUCUUUUAAUUCUUUAAGCUAGCUUGUUUAUUGAGAGAGAGAGAGAGAUAGAGAGAGACAGCGACCCAGAGCAAUGACUCGGCUGUACUUAUUGCAAAGCUGACCAAAUGAGAGAGAGAGAGAGAGAGAGAGAGAGAGAGAGAGAGAGAGAGUGAGAGUGAGAGUGAGAUUUUGUCUGACACAGAGAGAGAUUUGUUUGGGAUACAGGAUAAACACAUGAUAACUAAUGAGCUGACAGUGAGGGUGUGAUAUACCUUGGGUUUUAAAAACCCUUAAACCAGGGUUCUUAGCAUCAUUGAAAACGGCCAGAUCGUGUCCCAAACCCUCCUCAAAUACCAAGGCGGGACAUCAAAUCCCAAUCUCAAAGGGCAAUCACCAAGGCUUUGUAAACGGAAUCGCAGACAAGUGGAUUUGCUUUCUUGCUUUGUCAACCACAGUGACUAAACUGUUUUAUCAGACCCUGUUUGGGUUAAACAGCUGUUUUUAUAAACGGAGAACUGGAAUCCCUAAGCCGAUCAGAUCAAUAAGGAUUGCUUUAUCGACCGCACAAUUUUUUCAUUUUUUAAAGACUGUGUUUUGCUAAUAAAUUUAAGUUGUCUUCCCUGUAAAAGUGCAACAAGACAACGCUAACAAAAUGUGUUUUACUCCUCAAAAAAGACUUAUGGGUAAUUACAUGAUGAAAAGCAACCAGAAAUUGUUUAAAUAGGUAAUAGGGAAUCAGGCUUUUUUUUAAACCUUAGGGCAUUACCAUGGAAACAGAGUGCCAAAAACAAAUAUUUCAGGAAUAAGCUAUAACAAGAAAGAAUCACAUAAUAGGGGGCGGCGACCGUUCUAUCUUCCUCAGCCACCAAGAGAGACUUUUGAAUAAAAAAACACAAAAAAAACUGUGACUUUUCACAAGAAAAGAACAUAAGAAAGGUUUGGGAACGAGAAAAAGGCCAGUUCAGCCCAUCAAGGCUCGUCCCUCGUUAGCGCAUAGUUCUCCCCUUCUGGAGGGGAAGAACUCAUUUAAAAGCACAGCAUCUUGGGUAACGCAUCAAAGUCACGUCAACAAGCGGCCGAACAAGCAACCAAACUGCCCGCAAUGGCAGGCGCCAGAGUGAAGCGGCGUUUCAGUGUCGUGGUGGACAUGCCCAUCAACGAAGAGGAAGUGAUGAAGCUCGCCCAGAGUUCCGGCGAGGCGGGAGAGGGCGGAGCCUGCACGCCCACCAGCCUGCCCUCGCGCAACGGGAAAGGCCUUUCUCAGGGAAACGGGGACAGCAGCCACUGCAGUUCCUCGCCGGACCACCGGAGGCAGCAGCGAGCCCGGAAUCGCUUUGUGCGAAAAGAUGGCCGCUGCAACAUCACCUUCAUCAACGUGAGCGAGCGCGGCCAGCGCUACCUCACCGACCUCUUCACCACCUGCGUGGAUAUCCGUUGGAGGUGGAUGUUCGUCCUCUUCUCCCUGUCCUUCCUGCUCUCCUGGCUGCUGUUCGGCUUCACCUUCUGGCUCAUCGCCUCGAGCCACGGCGACUUCGCCCCCCGGCCGGUCCUGCCGGACGCUCCUGAGCCCUGCUUCCUCCAGGUCAACACCUUCACGGCGGCCUUCCUCUUCUCCCUGGAGACCCAGACGUCGAUCGGCUACGGUUUCCGCAGCGUGACGGAGGCCUGCCCGCUGGCUGUGCUGGCAGUGGUGCUGCAGUGCAUCGUGGGAAGCAUCAUUGACGCCUUCAUCAUCGGCGCAGUCAUGGUGAAAAUCGCCAAGCCCAAGAAGCGCAACGAGACGCUGGUGUUCUCGGAGAACGCCGUGGUGGCGCUGCGGGACAGCAAGCUGUGCAUGAUGUGGAGGGUGGGGAACCUGAGGACCAGCCACCUGGUGGAAGCCCACGUGAGGGCGCAGCUGCUCAAGCCACGUGUGACCCCAGAAGGAGAGUACCUCCCACUGGACCACGAGGACAUGAACGUGGGCUUCGACGACGGCACGGACCGGAUCUUCCUGGUGUCUCCCGUGACCAUCGUCCACGAGAUCGACGAGGACAGCCCCCUGUACGAGCUGAGCCAGGCGGAGCUGGAGCGAGAGGCCAACUUCGAAGUCGUGGUCAUUCUGGAGGGCAUGGUGGAGGCCACAGCCAUGACCACGCAGUGUCGCAGCUCCUACCUCAGCCACGAGAUCCUGUGGGGCCACUGCUUCGAACCCGUGCUCUUCGAGAAGAACAACCACUACCAGGUACGCUGAGAAACCUCAGUGUGUGUGUCUGAAAGCUCUGCCCAAUGG